AUGCCAAAAGGCGAGCAGGUGCCCCAGCCAGGUCCAGCGCGGCUGGCGCCUGGGGCGGGUCCAGAUGAAUGGCUUGAACAGGCAAAACAAUGCAAAUAUCUUCCCGAGGCGGAUAUGAAACGGUUGUGCGACAUUGUCAAAGAAUGUCUGAUGGAAGAAUCCAAUAUCCAACCAGUCAAGACCCCGGUUACCGUGUGUGGUGAUAUUCAUGGCCAGUUUUAUGAUCUCCUCGAACUAUUCCGAGUGGCCGGUGGCAUGCCUAACGACACCCAUGUGGAAGCUCCAACUGUGCCAACAAAUGUUAUAACAUCUGAUGAUAUUGAGCCUCCAACGGAGAUCACCGACCCGAAGUUAAAGCGAAAGCUGAGAUCAGGUGGCGCCAAAGAGCAACCAACAACUAGUGAUGGCGGCGACGAUGUCGAUGAGGAGGGAUCAAGAGGACGUCGAAGAGGGUCGGAAGCAACAUCAAGCUACAGUAGAAGCACGAGGGAUGAUGAUUCCGGAGUCGGAAUGCGUGGCCGUGGCCAAAGCGUCUCAGGCUCUGGGCAGCAGAAUUACGUUUUCUUGGGCGACUUCGUCGACCGUGGAUACUUCAGUCUGGAGACAUUUACGCUGCUUAUGUGCCUAAAAGCAAAGAUUACUCUCGUUCGAGGCAACCAUGAAUCACGGCAGAUUACGCAGGUUUAUGGAUUCUACGAGGAGUGUCAGACCAAGUAUGGGAAUGCUUCUGUAUGGAAGGCCUGUUGCCAGGUAUUUGAUUUCCUGGCUUUGGCUGCCAUUGUAGAUGGAAAAGUGCUCUGUGUCCACGGUGGCCUCAGUCCGGAAAUCCGGACGCUUGAUCAGAUUCGAGUCGUUGCCAGAGCUCAGGAGAUUCCGCACGAGGGUGCUUUCUGCGAUCUGGUCUGGAGUGACCCUGAGGACGUUGACACCUGGGCCGUGUCACCUCGUGGUGCCGGUUGGCUAUUCGGCGACAAGGUCUCAUCGGAGUUCAACCACGUCAACGGCUUGCAGCUGAUCGCUCGAGCACAUCAGCUAGUUAACGAGGGCUACAAGUACCACUUCAAAAACAAGGACGUGGUUACGGUGUGGUCCGCUCCCAAUUAUUGCUACCGAUGCGGCAAUGUAGCAUCAAUUAUGAACCUCAGCGAGGAUCUCAACCCCAAAUUCACCAUUUUCAGCGCCGUACCCGACCACCAGCGUGCUGUGCCAGCAGGCCGCGGUGGACGAGGCGAGUACUUUUUGUGA